AUGUCCCCCAAUGCCUCCCCUCCUGUCACUUCACCUUCACGAGGAGCAGCAGGAGCAGGUUUAGGAGGAGAGAGAGGAGGAUCAGGAGCAGGUUUAGGAGGAGAGAGAGGAGCAGGAGCAGGUUUAGGAGGAGAGAGAGGAGGAGCAGGAGCAGGUGGAGGAGGGAAGAGAGGAGGAAGAGGAGGGAAGAAGGGAGUGCUAGGGCUGAUUCUAGGGCCUAUUCGCACCCCCAGUCCCAGUGAGUAUUACCGGCUUGGUUCUCCUGGUGGCGGUGGGUGGAUGGGACGGGCAGGCGCAGGAGGAGGAGCAGGAGGAAAGGUGGACGUGAGAGCACUGGUGCAAGGAGCUUUGGAGGAGUGGCGCAGGACGGAGGCAGCAGCAAUGCAGCAGCUCUCAACCUCUGUGUUGGGGAGAGGAUUGUCGGAUGUGCGGAAGGUGUAUCAGCUGGGGAAGGAGCUGGGGCGGGGCAACUUCGGGGUGAUCAGGGAGGCGGUUGACUGGGUGUCUGGGGAACGGUUUGCCUGCAAGAGCGUCAACAAGAAACGACUGGAGUGCGUGGACGACAUAGCGGAUCUGAGGAGGGAGGUGGAGAUGAUGCGAGCGGUCAAGGGGACCUAG